ACACACACACACAGUGUGUCCUGAUAUCCCCAGUAGUCUCACACCCUGAGAAAGAAUCACCCGGAGAACUCUUGGUUACUUUCACGGUCCAAAUUAUGGAGUGACAAUAUAAAUGAUUACUCCCCAUCUGAUUAACACCGUUUGCAGAGACAUUGGAUACCUGGGAGGGCAAGAUGGGACAGCGUUGACGCGCCUAUAGCUUCCCCCCCUAUCCCCCACGUCCCCCCCCCCCCCCCCCCUGCCCCCCGGGGGUACCCAUCGCUGGAGGUACGGUCGACAUGAGUCUGAUGGACAUCUCCAAGAUCUUCUCCCUGCUGCAGCCCAGGGAGGAGGAGGACGAGGAGGGCCAGCUGUGUGAGGAGAUGAACCGGGCGGUGAGCGGGGACGACGCGCCCCUGCUCGCCCGCCUCCUGGCCCAGGAGAGCUACAGGAGGUGCAUCAACUGCCGCAGCGGAUGGGGGAUACCCCUGACGCCGCUCCGGGCGGCGGCUUCCCGGGGACACCUGGGGUGCCUGGAGGUGUUGCUGCAGCACGGGGCGGAGGUGGACAGCCUGGAUGUGAAGGCCCAGACGCCGCUGUUCACAGCAGUGAGCGGGAAGCACCUGGACUGCGUGGUGGCCCUGCUCAAAGCGGGCGCCGACCCCAACGGUAGCCCGUACAACAACAGCUCCCCGGUGCUGACCGCCGCCCGCGAGGGGGACGUGGAGGUGCUCCAGGAGCUGUUGAGCUACGGCGCCGAGGUCGACGCGAGGUCCAAGGUCCCCGAGUGGGCCACCAACGCCACGGCCUGCAGGGGGCCCCUGUACAUCUCGGCCGUGUACGGCCACUUGGACUGCUUCAAGCUAUUGCUGCUCCACGGGGCCAACCCCGACUACAACUGCACGGACGAGAAGAUGCUGGGACGGAUCAAGCAGCCCAAGACCGUGUUGGAUAUGUGUCUCCGGUACGGGUGCGGCGUGGAGUACGUGCAGCUGCUCGUGGACUUUGGGGCAGACGUGUAUUUGCCCACGCUGAUCGUUGACAAGACGACGAAGCAGAACGAAGCCUUGGUGUUGCUGCUUAAGGAAAGAGUUCACCCCAAAACGCUGAUGUCACAGACCCGGAUAACGAUCCGAAGACACCUGCCUUUCGCCAAUAAAGAGCCAGUCAUUGAACGCUUGGACAUUCCUCAGAUUCUCAGGAAAUACUUGAACCAUGUCGCCUUGAAUAUAUGAAGUGUGUUGUUUUGAUCAAGGAUGGAUUGCACUUUUUUUGUUAUGUGUCGGUCAUGGAUGAUGUGGAUAUUUACACAUAUGGCCUACCUGCAAAGAUGCCCCAAAUUUGUUGCAAAGGGACAGACGAAAUGAAAUUCUGUUUACAUCCGUAUUAGUGGCCUUUUAUUAUUGAUUUCUAUAUUUAUUAACAUUUAUAUAUAUUUUUGCUGUGUUCUCACUGAAUUUAUUGUUUUUUUCUUAGUGUAACUUGCAAUAAUACAACUCGACGCUUGGAUGUGCCAGAUCGAGGUCAUAUACCUGUAACACCAUGCUCUACCGCUAGAGAUCGGAAUAGCACUACCAAUUAUGGGCUUCUGGUCAAUAACACCCCACCUAUAAAAUACCCUCCUGGCGGUGAUAUUGCACUUUCCCACAAUUUUCCACUGUUCAGAAUGUAUGCAUUUUUUUAGACUUCAGAUAAAUAAAAUAUCAAUUUUGAAUUGUACAUUGUUUUGUAACUAUGCAGCCUCUUAAUAGCAGCAGGCAUUAUUGUUUUUGUAACUUGUUGACAACUAAUUUGUGAUUUGACAGUUUUGAUGUACCUCAUACUGUAUAAUAGGUAACAGCUGUACGCUGUAAAUAGCCAUUUAGAGCGGAUAUGAUGUCAAACAACAGGAAACCGGGACAAUAUGUCCUGUCCACCAUUCUUAUCUAAACCCAUGCUACAUACAAAGCUAAUGCAGAAGUUUGUAUGCCCUUGGGCCUACUCUAUGGUAUAUGAUAAAUGGCUUCUUUUUUAUUGUGAUGUGACUUACUUCAGGCUAUAAUACCAAAACAGCUAUGUAUAUAGAGGUUUUAUUUUCAACAAAAGUACAGCUAUAUCAGAUAUGGUUUCAUUUUUUUCAGCGGAAUACAACAUAUUCCCAGUGCUUUUGAUUACAUCAAAACAUAUAAUGUACAUACAGUAGACAUCUCCACUCCCCCAUUCACAGUUUCUCGAUUGAAUAGACAAUAUUCUUAAGGUUUUAAAUUUAUACAACAAAUAAACUUAAAUGCCAGCAAGAAAUAAAAUACAAAUGUUUGCAUAUGGUGACAUUUCCUAAGGAUAAAACUUGCAAGUAAAUGUGCUGUGGUGGUCAAAAAUCGAAACCUUAAACUAGAUGGUAAUAUACAAAUGGUUAAGAGUUCCAAAAGCGGGCCCUCUGUUACCUUGCGGCCAUUAAAAACCACAUUAAAUUACCUUUUGAAGAUAGAGACCCUGCUGUACCCUGACUAUUCCGAAAUAACACAGGACUGCCAUAACUGCAAGAAAUAGCUAUCAAAUAUGUUGCAAUGCUCAGGUUUGUGAAUGUUAUUACUUGCUAAUAUGUCCCUUGGAAAAAAAAACACACAACAAAA